AUGUUGCCUCGCGCACAGCCCCUACGAAGACUACUUUACACCUCUACACCCCGCGCUCGACUAUCUGCGUAUCCUCCGGAGCACCGCAUCGCCCCACCUGCCGUCUCUAGCUCUACCAACCGGGUCACACGCGCAUACAUACUACAUCACAGUCGGCAGAGCACGGCGAGGGCACCUCACAAGGAGAGCGGAACCAACUUCUGGACUGUAGGAAUAGUCGCUGGAAUCGCAAUUGGCGGCGCACUGCUCGUUCCCUUUGUGCACAACUCCCCCAAACCGCAGGCAGCAAAGCAAUCCACCCCCGAUCAAUUUGAAAUCACACAUCUGACAGACUCGUACCUCGUCAUGGCGCCGAACACUCCCGCAGGGAGGCCAGGCACUCUCACAGCAGAAGAGGAUAAGAAGCUACGUGAGCUCUGGGCGAUUGUUAUGAAAGUCUUCGGUGUGGAAGUGGGGCCGGAAGCUACGAACGGCGCUGACGAGGUCGCAUCGCCCACCACAAGCGAGGCAGCAGCAGACGGCAAGAAGGACAAGAAGAAGAGCAGGCUGAAUGUGUUCAAGAGGAACAGAGGCGAGAAGGGUGCAGACGACAAGGCAUCGACUGCUUCUGGAGGCUCUACUCCCUCGGACAUCAGCAGAUUGUCCAUAUCGGCUGAUGAUGAUAAGUUUGGCCAAACCGCAGAGUUCAAGGCGGCGAUAGCCAACAUUCCCCCGGAAGAGCUGCGAAGGACCUUCUGGAGCAUGGUGAAGCAUGACCAUCCUGAUGCUCUUCUUCUUCGCUUCCUGCGCGCCCGGAAAUGGGAUGUUGAGAAGGCACUUGUCAUGAUGAUUUCUACAAUGCAGUGGAGAUUGAACGAGAUGCACGUCGACGACGACAUAAUGAAGACGGGAGAGCUCGCUGCGUUGCAGACCGCAAGCACGGAUGCCAAAGCUAAGAAGAACGCCGAUGACUUUUUGACACAGCUGCGCAUGGGCAAGAGUUAUCUGCACGGCUUGGAUAUUGAGGGGAGACCAAUGUGUUUUGUUCGUGCGAGGUUACACAAGGCCGGUGAGCAGACGGAAGAGAGUCUAGAAAGAUUCACAGUAUACACCAUUGAGACAGCGCGCAUGCUGUUGAGGCCUCCGAUUGAUACAGCCGUAAGUUUAUCUGAAUUCCGUCCAGGUCAUAAGAUCAGGGUUAUUGACCAAACGCAGACUAUCGUCUUUGAUAUGACCGACUUUUCCAUGGCCAACAUGGACUACACACCGGUAAAAUUCAUGAUCAAGUGCUUCGAGGCAAACUAUCCGGAAUCACUUGGUACCGUCCUCGUCUACAGAGCACCCUGGGUUUUCAACGCUGUAUGGAGCAUCGUCAAGGGCUGGCUCGACCCCGUCGUCGCCGGCAAAGUACACUUCGCAAAGACGAUUGACGAACUAAGCAACUAUGUACCAAGGUCACAGAUCCCAACUGAGUUGGGCGGAGACGAAAAGUGGGAAUACAAGUACCCUGAGCCUGUACCCGGCGAGAACGACAAGAUGGCCGACGAAAAGCCCAAGCAGGAGCUGCAAAGCGAGAGGCAACAGAUCGUCGACAAGUACGAGACUACGGUGCUAGAGUGGGUACACGCGGGUGACAGCGUGCCAGCGGAGGAGAAGAGGAAAGAGAGGGACGCCGUUGCAGAGCAGUUGAGGCAGAAUUACUGGAAGCUGGACCCGUACGUUCGAGCACGCUCGCUGUACGACCGCGCGGGCGUCCUCCUAGACGGAGGCAAGCUGGAAUUCUACGGCAAAGCACCUGAGCCUGCAGUUGCACCCGCAAAAGCAACAGAAACGAGCGCCGAUGACCUUGACUAG